CCCCCCCAGCAGCGGCCGGCUUGGUGAGCCAUGUCCAAGAAACAAGUGGUUAAAACCAGGACUAAUAGGAAACUGGACUUGGAGCGGAAACGGGACGAGAAGGCGGCGAGGCGAGCCCUGGCGAAGGAGAGGAAGAACAGGAGCCAGGCUGGGACGGAGGAUGAGGAGUUUGUCAGCUUUGCCAACCAGCUGUUAGCCAUGGGACUCAAGCUCCGGGAGGUGCCCGGUGACGGGAAUUGUUUAUUUCGUGCUCUUGGCGAUCAGUUGGAAGGUCACUCCCGGAACCACCUAAAACACCGAAGAGAAACGGUAGACUUCAUGAUAAAGCACCGGCAGGAUUUUGAACCAUUUGUGGAAGACGAUGUCCCUUUUGAUCGUUAUGUUACAAACCUGGAAAAGCCAGGCACGUUUGUUGGCAAUGACGUAAUAGUAGCCUUUGCAAGGAACAAUCAAGUCAAUAUAGUGAUCCACCAGCUUAACGCCCCACUUUGGCAGGUUUUUGGAACCAGGAAGAGUAAUGCUGCUGAGUUGCAUAUUGCCUACAGAUAUGGAGAGCACUAUGACAGUGUGCGUAAGGUCAACGAUAAUUCAGAAGCACCUGCAAACCUAAGGACUGAGAUGCUCAUUAAAGAUGAUUCAAAGAAGAAAGAUCGAAACAAAAUGUGUCACUAUCAAGUGGAGGAUAUACGGGAUUUUGAAAAUGAAGUGACCGAGAUAGAUCUGGAUGAUGCAGUUCAAAAAGUACGCAAUGCAACAGGGUGCAUGGACACGGAUAUGAUUGUUCAAAAUCUAGAGCUUGAAAACCACAACAUCGAAUCUGCAAUAGUUGCCAUUUUGCAGAUGGAUGAACUGAAGAAUAGCAAUAGUAUUGAAGAGUCCAACAAAAACAGUCCUAAUUGCAGCCCUCAGCACACGUCUUCUCUGUGGAUGGAGAAUGGAACUGGUAACAGGAUUUUUGGAAAUCAAGAUGUAAACCCUGAAGAAAUUGAAAAUAAUAGGACACUGAACAAAAAGGAAGAAAAUAAGAGGACCAAAAAUAAGGUUUCAAGUAAACAACGAAAAGAACAAUUAAGGAUAGAAAGGAAGAAACGCCAGGAAGAGAGACAUCGACAAAAGUUUCUGGAGAGCAGGAGCAAUAAUGUGGAAGAGGUCACAACUGAUGGGAACUUGCAGCCACCAGUUACUUUAGUCAAAACAUUUGCUACGUUAAAUAUUUGACUUGAGGUCCCUCUACAACUAGAGAUUGCCUAGUAUCGUAAAUCUCAUAAAUGGGGGAUAAUCUGGGGGAAGAAGGAGGGGAUUUUGGAUUUUUCUUUCUGAUGCUGCUUUAGAUUAACAAUGUUUGACUUCACACCUUUUUUGGAGAACUUGUUUUUCUUUGUAAAUGUGUGUAAACAAACUGGAAGAAAAUUUCUAAAAGGUGAACACAUUGAAUUAUUUACACUUUAUAAAUGCAAUAAAGAUUUAAGAAUAGUAACAAGUGAGAAUUAAAAUAGGUAAAUUGAAAGGGUUGAAUAAAUUUUAGUAGUAAAUGGAUUUAAAGGUGGGAAUGCCCUUUAAUUCUAAACAUAUGGUUUAGAGAACUGACUAUCACAUUUUAAGUAUCAUGCCCUCCUUGCACCUACAUUAAUGCUCAGUCAUCGAGAUGAAAAUUGAGACCUCUUUACAACAAGUAUUUGCAGAUCUCCCAGAAGAGACUAUUAUAGAGUGGGUUUGCACAGGAGCAUUUCUGAAUGGAGCAUUAGUAUAGCAGUCACUUGCUGACAUCAUUUAGGAGGGUCUUGAGUUGAAGAGCUAAGUUGAUUUUUAUUUUAUAAUUUAAAAACAUUUUCAGGACAAACAUUUUUUUAUUUGGGGUUUAAAAAGAAUGCUGCUAACCACCAAAUACAAAGGAUGCUUUCCCCCACAGACUCUUCCAAGGAUGUGAAUAGGCUUGACAGCUGUUCAAACCAUAUGAAGUUCACGGAAGAACUGGAGUUUCUAACCAGCACCAGAAAUUCCUGUAACUUAUUUAUCAAAGCCUUUUUGUUUGAACACUCCUGGAGGUGAUUUAAGUUUUAAAAAAGAAACAUCGAAUUUCUACCUCCUAAUAUUUUUUUUAUGGCAGUAAAGAACAAUCUGAUUCAGGGAAGUCAUUGGGGACAGUCAAGUGUUUGAAACGGUAACCCCCGUGGACGUCCAUGUUAAAGAGCUGGCUAUUGUAUAAUUGUUCAUUUUUUCCCCCUCUCUAUUUCUGUUUGUAUAUACAAUGUUAAUAAAUCAUUUGAGAAACU